CUGUGGUGGCCCUUAAUAAGACUAACAAUAAUUCCUGUCUCAGUUUUCAGCUUUUAUUAUAAACUCGUAUGACCCAUUGGGGUUUAGCGCGUCCCAGUGAAGAUAAUCUUGAUUAUCAAGAGGAUGGCAAGACCACGACGAACCAAGAUGUCCUCUGGGCAGUUAGCCUCUAGUGAACAUAGUCUUGCUGUGCUUGAUGAUGCUCGAGCGUUGUGUCGAUCUGAACGCUCCAGCAGAGACAGAAAACAAAAGCAGAGGUCUGGUAACCAUGGAUGGUGUCCUGCGUUGCUCUAUAUGAUUUUUGCCGCAGUUGUUGUAAUGGCUGUUGCUUACUUUUUAUAUGUUGGAUAUAUGGAAACUAGAAUUAAUACUCCACUGUCAGCUCCUAAGGUGGUGACCAAAACUGGACUUGCUGUCCCAGAAAGGUACUGGGGUACUUAUCGACCUGGGGUAUAUUUUGGCACUCGCACACGACAUCCUACUUCAGUUGUCACAGGUCUGAUGUGGUUUGUUCCCGGACAUUUCCAGAAUAAUAUGCUGGCUCUUAGACACUGGUGUGAUCAAGGUGAUGAUCUGUCUAAGUAUGGCUGGCAGGUUCACGAUGGCCGCAACAUUGGUAUACAGACCAUUACAGACAAACAUGUAAUUCUGCAAACAAAUUUUGUUAAAAGAGCCGGUGGUCAGCAUGGAGGAGACUGGUCAGCAAGGAUUAAUGUCUUUCCUAAGAACAAAAAACAAGAGGGUGGAGAGGCAUCUCUUCUGUACUAUGUAGCACUGGAUCCAGACGAUGAAGAGUCAAUGUUACAACCAAUGGUUGGAACCAGUCACUCCUUGGGUUCCCUCAGAGGCAUCUCCGACUCUGUUGGAGGCUUCCGACUGCAUGUUCUUAAUACUUCAGGGAUCAUAAUUCACCACCAUUUACUCAGUACUAAGCAUUUAGGACUUCACAUGCUGAAAGAAACAGUGUACAAAGGUUUGAGAGUCUUCCAGGGUAAGAGUGAAAAAGACAAAUACAUUGGCCUUGCAGGAGAGAUGUUCAGUCACGAGGAUGCUGACCGACAACCUGACUUAGUCGUGUACCAAGUUACUGGAAAGGUGCCGUUUGAAAUUGAAGUAGUGUAUGAGAGUGACAGUGUAACCAGAAGGCCAGGAAUGCUCAUGGGUGAGGCCUUAACUCAGGAAUUAAAUAAAUAUAAGGAAAAAUUCUAUGGCAAUUUUGAAUCAAAGUUUUCCAUGGAAGCUAAAGGAUUUAAUACUGAAGAAAUUAAUUUUGCCAGAGCUGCUUUGAGUAACAUGAUUGGAGGUAUUGGUUAUUUUUAUGGUGUUUCAAAGGUACUUGGUGAAUAUAAUAGUGAUCCCGUACCAUAUUGGAAGGCUCCACUCUACACAGCAGUACCAUCACGCAGUUUUUUUCCCCGAGGCUUCCUGUGGGAUGAAGGCUUUCACAAUCUACUUAUAUCCAAGUGGGACAGAGAAAUCUCUCAAGAUAUUUUAGCACACUGGUUUGAUUUAAUGAACUGGGAUGGGUGGAUACCUCGAGAGCAGAUCCUGGGUGUGGAGGCUCGUGCCAGAGUCCCUGAGGAGUUUGUUGUUCAGCUUGGUAAAAAUGCUAAUCCACCUACUCUUCUCCUCACACUUCACUCAAUGAUGGCUGGCUUCAAGCAGGAAUUAUCAGACGAUGAUUAUGAGUAUCUUGGUCAUCUUUGGCCACGGCUCAGAGCAUGGUACAACUGGUUUAACACAACCCAGUUGGGGGAUUUUCCAGGCACAUAUAGAUGGCAUGGCAGAGAUCCAAGAGCAGUGAGAGAGCUCAAUCCCAAAACUCUGACAUCUGGACUUGAUGACUAUCCCCGGGCAUCUCACCCUACAGCGGAUGAGCGCCACCUGGACCUUAGAUGCUGGAUGACUUUAGCUUCAGGACUUAUGGCAGAUAUUGCUAGACUUAUAGAAAAGGAUCCCAGCAGGUUUGCUGAAGCAUAUAAGUAUUUAUCGGACAACACUGUUCUGGAUUCUCUACAUUGGUCUUAUGCAGCAAAUGGCUACAUGGACUAUGGUCUUCAUACAGAUGACUUGGAAUUGAAACGACUAACACCCAAUUCUGAAAUGAAACGUAUUGUUCAUACAGCUCCGAAGUUGAAAUUCAUAGACUCGUUUGGAUAUGUGACCUUCUUCCCUCUCUUUCUUCAGAUUAUAGAUCCCUACUCUGCAAAACUUGGGAAAGUUCUUGAUGACCUCCGGCGACCAGAUCUCCUUUGGACUCCUUAUGGGCUUCGCUCCUUGGCAAAAAAUUCACCUUUAUAUAAUAAGCGAAACACUGAGCAUGAUCCACCUUAUUGGCGGGGGGCCAUAUGGAUCAAUAUGAAUUUCUUGGCUGUACAAGCUUUGCAUUAUUAUAGCAACAUUGAUGGACCUCACAGAGAGCUGGCAACGGAGAUAUACACAAGUCUUCGACAGAAUGUUAUUAAUAAUGUUAUGAAAGAAUACAAAAGAACAGGAUAUUUAUGGGAGCAUUAUAAUGAUAAAAAUGGACGAGGAGAGGGAUGUCGACCAUUUACUGGCUGGACUGGUCUUGUGGUACUAAUGAUGGGUGAAACUUUUUAAACUUUUAUUGUCAAUUAGAUUACUUCUGUGCUUAGUUUGGACACUAAAGUAUGUCGUUAAAUAUAUAAAAAAAAAAAUAUAUAUAUCCUAGGUAGUGGGUUGGUAGACAGCAACCGCCCAGGGAGGUACUACCGUCCUGCCAAGUGAGUGUAAAACGGAAGCCUGUAAUUGUUUUACAUGAUGGUAGGAUUGCUGGUGUCUUUUUUUUCUGUCUCAUAAACAUGCAAGAUUUCAGGUACGUCUUGCUACUUCUACUGACACUUAGGUCACACUACACAUACAUGUACAAACAUAUAUGUACACACCCAUCUUGGUUUUCUUCUAUUUUCUUUCUAGUUCUUGUUUAUUUCCUCUUAUCUCCAUGGGGAAGUGGAACAGAAUUCUUCCUCCGUAAGCUAUGCGUGUUGUAAGAGGCGACUAAAAUGCCGGGAGCAAGGGGCUAGUAACCCCUUCUCCUGUAUAUAUUACUAAAUGUAAAAGGAGAAACUUUCAUUUUUCCUUUUGGGCCACCCCACCUUGGUGGGAUAUGGCCGGUUUGUUGAAAGAAAGAAAGAAAGAUAUACUAUUUAUUUACUUUAUAUUUUGAAGAUACUCUUCAUGCAAAUUUAUAAUGUACAGUAUAUGCACACUCAAAAAAUAAUAUUACAUAGUUAUACACCUACCAUCCGACUUACGACCUGCUCGACUUACGACCGCUCGACUUACGACCGUGUUUUUUAUGCCAAAUUUCUGGGAAAUAAACAACUAUUUGUGUUGUACACAGUGUUUAUCCUAGACCUUACAGUAUAAAAUACAGUACUAACAACAUAAAAAGUAAAGUAAAACAUGAAAUACCAAAAUAAAACAAUAAAAUAAAGUCAUUACAAAGAUGUUUUGUUGAUAUUCAGUAGUAAAGUUCGACUUACAACCAUUUCGACUUACGACCGGUUUCUCGGAACCGAACUCGGUCGCAAGUCGGAUGGUAGGUGUAUUAUCUUAAUAUUUUCAACAACUGAAAAUUUAGGCUGGUCUUUAAAAAAAUUAUAGCUUAGAUCUGUAUAAUUUUCCUACAAAAAUUGAAAUUUGAUCUUCAGGAAAUAUAAACAUAUUUACUUAUAUGAAAAAGUGUGCAUCAACUUCCUGAUUUGUUUACUCAGUACUGUGCGGUAUUUCAGAUUAUAUUUUGAGAAUCAUUUGUCUUUCUUGCGUAGAUGAAUCUUUGUGUGACCUACUGUGGCAUACACAUUAACAUACCGACCUGACAUCACUUUACCCUCCCCCCUGGAGUAUACCUGGAGGGGGUUUCGGGGGUCAAUGCCUCCGCUGCCCAGUCCACGACCAGGCCGGGCUCCAGGAGUAGAAAGACUUGGAAUUUAACUAAUGUAUAAAGGUAGAGGCCUAGACCCAGUCCUAGAAUUUGAUCAGUCAGUCUUGGUGCUAACAAUAUGCAGUCCAUUGUAAGCACCACACCCUGGCUGAUCAGGAAUUGUCUAGAUGCACUUGUUAAGUUCCCUAUUGAAAAGAAAAACCUGUUGGGCCAUAUUAUGCAGUUUUUCUGAACAGGCUACAUGUUGGUUAUAAAUGAUUUUUAUAACAUUGCUACUGUAUGGUUAUUCAACACAAAUUGUAAAAUUAUCAUUGCCACUAUAACCACAACCUUCAUCAUGUACUUAGUUAUAACAUGUAAUUAUUGCAUUCACUACCUUCAGUAUUAGCAUCUAUAUGCUAAUGAAUGUUUAUAACCUAGCAAGUUUAUGAAGUGGAAUACUAUAUUAUCAAAGUGGAAAGUACUACAAGGAAACUGAACUGUUUUCAUACAAUCAUCAGAUGUGACACCCAUAGACCUUAAUAAUUAUUAUUAUCAUGAUGAUAGCGAAAGUGUUGAAUGAUGAAAGUUCUUUCUUUUUGGGUUUUUCUUUCUUUUAGGGUCACCCUGCCUCGGUGGGAAGUGGCUGAUGUGUUGAAAAAAAAAUAAUCAUAACUAAGCACUAAACCCAUAAGGUUCAUGCAACACUGCUAUAGACAUUAAUAAUGGAGAGUCAUUUUUAGAUAGACACAAGGAAUUUGGGCUACCUUAUCUUUCCUUGACCCAGAUUUGAUUACCUUCCAUUUCUCAUUCAUUGGGAAGUGUUAACCCCAUAUGAGUUUAGCACUUCCCAGUGAAUGCACUGGGAAGUGCAUUUUGAAUAAGCUGCCACUUAUUCAAAAUAGCCACUUAAGUCAUUGGAGGGGUUAAUUAUGAAUGAAAAUGCCUAGUCUGCAAACAUUCUCUAUAUCAAGGUCUGUGACUGUCACAUUUUAUGUUUCAGUGAAAAACACCAUGCACAUAUACAAAUACAGUGGACCCUCGAAUUUCAUCAUCCGUUUUCUGUAUGUAAAACUAUAGUUAUUCUCUAUAAAAUGUAUUUUUUGUUAAUAUUUUUGGGUGUCUGGAACGGAUUAAUUGGAUUUACAUUAUGUCUUAUGGGAAAUAUUAAAAAAAUAUAUAUUUUAUAGAGAAUAACUAGUUUUUUUUUUUUUUUUUUUUUGGGGGGGGGGGAUAUAAAAAACUAUCCAAUUGUUGAGUUUUUUGGUUAUUGACUGUGAAGGCUGACUUAAUUGUUGUAUUUGAGAACUACUAAAAGUUAUACGUAUGUUUUAAUAGUUUAGCAUUUAUGUAAAUUAUAGACUUCUAUUUUGAUACUUGAUGCAUUACAAUAUAUUAUUCUGACUGUGAAAUCACUAAGGUUUGCUGCCUACUUAUGCAAGUGUGUAAGCUACAGUUAUUGAUAUUGAAAUUUUAUCGUAAUUCAUUCCUAUCUUUAUGGCAUGACCCACGUGCUGCAUGACACUUUUAACAUUUACUAUAUAAUAAUAAGAGUUAGUUUAAUUCAUGUGUCCUUGCAUAUUUAUGAAAAAAGCAUCUUAUUUUUGUUGGAUGUUAUUCUUUUCCAGGAUGUAUUAGCUGAAAAAGAUAGUAUUGUGUGAGUGAAAAAAGACUUAGAGGAACGGUUAGUAAAGAAAUUUUUAAAUAGUAUUUAAAUUUAAAUAUAGUACUGUAUAAAGUAAGGAGUCUGCCAGUCCUCUUAUUAAAAUCACUCAAUUCUCUUAAGAUGUUUAACACAUCUUGACCAUAAAUGUUUUAUUCAAUACACGUUAAAUUGAAGGGCUUAGGUUUAUGGAGUCAUCUGUGAGGUGUUUAACCGUCCCUUUGUAAAAUGAUUUGAAUCUGCUUCACCUAGAAGAAAUUAUAAGACAUUGUACAGUUUAGUGAACUAUGGAAAGGCAUUAUUGUCCUAGAUAUUGUUAAAGUUGUUUCUUAUAUCUGUACUUAUAUUCAUAUUAAUAUUGACGUGCUGUUGGAGUGUGAGCAAAGUAACAUUUAUGAAGGAAUUCAGGGAAACUGGCAGGCCGGACUUGAGUCCUGGAGAUGGGAAGUACAGUGCCUGCACUCUGAAGGAGGGGUGUUAAUGUUGCAGUUUUAUAAACUGUAGUGUAAAGCACUCCUCUGGCAAGACAGCAAUGGAAUGAAUGAUGAUGAAAGUUUUUCUUUUUUGGGCCACCCUGCCUUGGUGGGAAACGGCUGAUGUGUUUAUAAUAAAAAAAAAUUGAUUAUAGAGUUAAUUUUUGUUUUAUAAAUCUUCUUCUUAAUUGUAAGUAGGAAAAGUGUGAAUUUUUACUUAUCUUUUAUGUAUUAUUUAUGAUUUACUUUAUGGUUGAAUUAUGUGGUUUAAAAGAUGCAAACAACAAAAAGAUACCUUUAUUAGUACAACAUUUCACCUACUGAGACUUUUUCAUGUGCACAUUACUUGAUAAAGCUUUAUGUGAGUGAAAUAUCAUACUGAUAAAGCUUUCUUUGGCUGCAUUUGUAUUUUAUAACCAAGAUAUUUUAUAUUUAAGGAGCGUGAUUAUUCAGUAUCAUUUAUGAUGUAGUUCCUUUAUGUACAUGGUAGGGGGAUGAAGGUCUUAGUUGUUGUCAUGCUUGGUGGGUCUCGACUCCUUUUGUGGUAGCUACAAGACAUGGAAGCUGAGCUCACCAUCACCUUGUUUAUUGGCUUUGCAUAGUGUCCUGUUAACUCCUUGUCCACUUCCCUAGAAAUUGAGCCUGCUUGUGGAGCUGCUGCUCUUGGAUGGGCAAUGAUUUUCUUUAGUGGGAAAGAUAAAAUUGGAAGUUUGAUACUGGCCUCUCUGAAUCAGUCAUCUCUGGCGGGGAGAUGUAUUUAGCUAGGGCCAAGUAAGCAUCAGAGGGCAGGGCUCCCUUUUGAUCUUGUGGCUGCCACUUAGUCCUCUCUUAGUCAGUUGAGUAUAUUACUUUAUUACCUUUGUUUAUUUUAGUGAAUGUGUAAGGCUCCCUUUGUUGGACUUGAAGGGUGGUUGGUGAAAAGGGGAGCUGAAGGUUAGUUAUUAUUGUUUAAUGAGUACAAUAAACCCUCAAUUUAACAGACUAAUAGGGGAGCAGUUGUUUGAUAAUGGUGGAGAGAUGAGAUUUUGUUAUGAUCGUAACAAUAAUGGACAAUUCAGAAACAAUAGACUUGGUCUGUUGUUUCUGAAUCAAUUGAUCUAGCUGAUUUUGUUCUGUAUUUUCCAAGUUUGUUACAUUGAGAGUUAACCAUAUUGUUAUUGAUUCCUCGGCACCGUCCCUGACUGGUUCCAGCUUCUCUUAACUCCCAAAGGUGAUUUGCAAGUUUACCUUGCAAUAAUUGACACCAUUGUGUCACAACAAUCAAGACAAUUACUGCCAUUUCAGAUCCCAUACCUGAUGCUCCUCGACCCACUCCUCACUAUAAUCAUAGUGUUUCCAUGUUGGGUGCCGGACACCACAACAGGUAGUGUACUGCACACAACCCUAGUAAAGAACUUUACUCUAUUUUUAUGCCCAGUGAAUCUUUGGAUGUGCUGUGUGAUUAUAAAAUGAUCGAGAUGAUCUUGACCCAUUACGAUGGAGUACAUGAAGCCUGGGUUAAUAAUGCUACUCAGACAAAUGACUUAGCAAAAUUACAAACUAGACAACAUGCUUGUUCAGGUUCUCAGAUGUGCUCACGUUAUGAAUAUACACGAGGGCCCCAUGUUUCCGGCUCUCUCUUUUCAGUGUCCCACUAUUUUGGCAGUUUUCAGUUGAGCGAUUGUUCGUAUGUUUAAUUGUUUUUCUGCUUUUCUGCCAUUUUCAGACAGCAGCAUCAGGGAAAGGGCAUCUGGUGCCAUAUUUUAAGGUAAAUAUUGUAUGUACUGUUUUUUUUCUUUCUUAUGUUUUUUCUAGGCCUAGCUGUACUGAUAGUGUAAACAUGUUAUCAAGCAUUUUAGAAGUAUUUAAUAUUGAAAAAAAACUUUUUUCCACUUACUGGCAGUUUUCACUUAUGGACAGGAGCUGGGAACCUAGCAGCCGAAAAAACGGGACCCUCCUGUAUAUGAUUAUGAUGAGAGCACAAAGGUAGUUGGUGUUAUCUUAGAAACAAUCACAUCAAAAUAAUCAAGGGAGUCUUAUUUACGAAUCCCUUUUCUGGCUCAUCUUCCAGUAUGAUGGUAUAUCUACCAUUUUUCUCCAGGCUAUCUUUUAGAAAUGAAAUUCUUAAUCUUUUAUCUGCAAGGAUGUUUUUCAGUACUGUGCCUUUACAAGUUUGGCAUAUUUUGUGAAAAUAAUAAUUCAGUGCUGUGCCUCCUAUUUCUCAUGCUUCACAAGCUUUUUAUUUUCUUAUUGUAAGUAUGAGGUGUGGUGGAAUGGUUCCACGAGUAAAUAUACUUCUGUUAUAAGAACACUUUUGUUUACAAAAGGGUGAAGCUUGCUCAUUGUGUUACAAAAGGGUAAAGCUUGCCCAAUGUAUUGGAGUUCAUCACCAUUUUUUGAGUGCUGUGUAAUAAUUAGCAAAGUUCUACCAUUCCUGUGGUAUGUAACAUAUUUCAUUCUGAUGGCCCAGUGUACUAGCAGUUGGUUUUAAAUUAUACUGGCAAUCAUAGUUAAUCUCACACUGUUGCUCGAGGCUGUGCAAAAGUGUCAUAGUAUAAAAUUCAAAAUGUCAUAGUAUAAAAUUCAUGGUGGCCUGACCUUGUAACCUGCUUGAGGGGUUCUUGAUUCAGGGAAAUGGACCUAUUCUUGGACUGAAGCUGAUUGCCUCCCACUCCCUAGGUGUUAUAUAACCCCUAUGGGUAUAGUGCUUCCCCCAUGAGUAUAAUACACAGGUGACACUCAUGACUGGUUUUGAGGGCUCUUCCCUUGCAGCCAGGCUACCUUGUUGAUAUCCUGGUCAACUAGGCUGUUGGUGCUAGCAACCUGCAUGCCCACAUAUGAUGAAACUGUUUUGUAUCAGGCCUCUUCCAUUAUGAAAUGUGUGGACUAACCUGGUGAAAAAAAAUAUUUCGAGCCAGACUCAUAAUGCAUCAUGUGAGUUUUCCUUCUGCAGUCUCUUAUAAUUAUACAGUAAAUUUAUCUUGGUGUUUACUAAAUGCACCUAAGUGUUCAGUGAAAGUUUGGUAGGUAGCAUGGGUAAAUUGUUUAUUUUUGCAAUAAAAAGUAUAUACUAGUA